UGUCCCACUCAGUCUGAAGACCAUGUCCUUAGCAGAAGGUGCGUCUGACACAGAACAUAGACAGGACGAGGAGAAAGUGAAGAAUUCGGAUAAACCGCGCGGUUCGAUGUCAGACCAAUACAUGUGGAAGGAGCAGAUUCACACGAUGAUGAAGGGCGGAGAGAGCGAGUCAGAUAUAUCUGACUCCGAACACUUCCUCACAAAGGGCGCGUUCCUUCUCACUCCCUCCCAUGGCCUCAGUAUGGAGAAGGCGUCGACAAUUUGCGAAAAAAUGGAGUUCAAAGGCUGUUUCUCUUUGACGAAAACGGCAACGGGGAUAUUGUUUAAAUUUUCCAGCGUGGAUGACUACCAGAUGGUCUUUAAAAAGGGCUUCCACAAGGUUACUGGAUCGAGAUUUUACAGAAAGAUCGCAAUACCUUGCCGGCCACAAAAGACCUUCACCAUCUAUGUAUACGACAUACCUGAUGAGAUCCCGGAGGAAGAUGUCCGUCACGCUCUCUAUAAAUACACUUCUGUGGUGGAAGUGGUGCGUUUGCACUGUGCUGGAUCGCCGAGGGAAGGGAAUACUGGUACAUCCACUCCGAAGCCCUUGGAGAAAUCAUCACCGCGUGCUAUCACCACUAUAGAUGGUGAGCUGGUGAGCAGCAUGGUGCCAAAGGAGGCUUCUAGCGUGAUACGCGUGACGCUCGCUAAUAUCGAAGAGGCUAAUAUCCUUCUGCAGAAUGGUCUAGACUUCUACGGCGCUACGUACUUCCCUACCGAGCUUGGCACUCCGGCGCAGGCAGCUAAAAUGAUUAAACCUAGCAGAGUCUAUACUUCUAGGGUGACUGGAGGUACGGUUUCGGCGCGUGUGAGAGACCUCUUACCAGUGUUCGACCAACAGGGAUUCGCUAAAUUCGCUCCGCCAGCAUCUAGAUUAGUGAAGCCUAGAUCUAAGUAAUUACGACCAUAACGACGAUUGCAUUCAAUUUUUUUUUCGAACAAAGUAAAAAGUUAUAAAUUAUUGUU